AUGGCCCGCCAAUUCUUCGUCGGAGGCAACUUCAAGCUUAACCCCGCGAGCCUGCAAGCUUCGACGUCGCUCAUCGAGACUCUGAACAAGGCGGACUUGGACCCAGCGACUGAGGUCGUUAUUGCUCCUCCCGCGCUCUACGUUAUCCCCGUGCAGCAGAUCGUCCGCAAGGAUGUGAAAGUAGCCGCACAGAACUGCUACUUCAAGGAAUCGGGCGCGUUUACUGGCGAGAUCAGCCCCAAGCAGCUCGUUGACGCCGGAAUCCCCUACGUCAUCCUCGGACACUCUGAGCGCCGCACGCUCUUCCACGAGACUUCUGAGCUCGUUGCGACCAAGACGCGCGCUGCGAUCGACGCUGGCCUGAAAGUUAUCUUCUGCAUCGGCGAGACCCUCGAGCAGCGCGAGUCUGGACAGACCGCCGCGGUGUGCGAGGAGCAGCUGAAGGCGUUUGUCGAUGUCGCCAAGGAGGUCGACUGGAGUAAGAUCGUUAUCGCCUACGAGCCAGUGUGGGCCAUCGGUACCGGCAAGGUCGCUACCUCGGCCCAGGCCCAGGAAACCCACAAGGACAUCCGCGCAUACCUCUCCACCGCCGUCUCCCCUGCCGUCGCCAACAGCGUGCAGAUUCUGUACGGUGGAAGCGUCACCGCAGGAAACUGCAAGGAACUCGCUCAACAACCUGACGUUGAUGGGUUCUUGGUUGGAGGUGCCUCUCUCAAGCCUGAAUUCGCUGAUAUCAUCAACGCGAGGAAAUGA